GCAAAAGCAUAUCUUUAUUAGCUGAUUUCACAUUACAAUUUGCUUUUUUUCUUCGGUGUACUGACUUUUCUGUGCUUUGCUCAAAAGACUUAUCCGGAUUUUGGGGUCUGCUGUAUUGCUAUCGUCUUCAAUCUUUACAAACCCUAACCUUCGGAUCAGGUCUGAGCAUCCAAGUUUCGAGAUCUGUGUGCUCCUGUUGUCUUCUACUCUCAGCCAAGUUUCAUGUCUGAUCUCGACGUCCAAAUUCCUACCGCUUUUGAUCCCUUUGCUGAGGCAAAUGCUGAUAACUCUGGUGCUGGAUCAAAAGAUUACGUGCACAUCCGUAUACAACAAAGGAAUGGUAGGAAAAGCCUGACAACUGUGCAGGGGUUGAAGAAAGAAUUCAGCUAUAACAAGAUACUGAAGGAUCUCAAGAAAGAGUUCUGCUGCAAUGGUACUGUCGUUCAGGAUCCUGAACUAGGCCAGGUUAUUCAACUUCAGGGUGACCAGCGGAAGAACGUUUCUACAUUUCUUGUCCAGGCUGGAAUUGUGAAGAAAGAGCACAUCAAAAUUCAUGGUUUCUGAUUGCUCUCAUCAGCCUCAGCUGCACAGUUAUCAUGCUUGUUAUGUCAGUGCCAGAGAUAUGCUCUAUCCAAACUCAGUUCUACUAAACUUGCUAGUGUUUGAAUUGUUUGAUAUAAACACUGUAUUUGCUUCUCUAUGUUUCAUCUGAAUAUGAGUCGUGUUAUAUUUUCAAGUACUUCACAAACCUAUAUCAUGAUGAUAUAACUGAGUGCUCAAAA